GUCUCAAAAAUACAAGAGCUAGAGGGAGAAGUGCUGCGUUUGCAAAAUUUGAACAGGUCAAGAUAUAAAGAUUAUGCUUCUGAUUAUCUUGGCUUGGAAGAUGGUGGACUUCACUCGGGAAAUUCCUAUAUCAUGGAUUCUGAUAUAAAAAAUGUUGAAACAAAUGGGGAGGCUGAAGAUGUGGAGAAAGAGCUAGAGCAUUCUUCCCUUCAAGAACAAUUGGAUAAAGAACUACAAGAAUUGGACAAAAGACUUGAACAGAAGGAGGUUGAAAUGAAGCAGUUUACAAGUGUCGACACUUCUGUCCUUAAGCAGCACUAUGAGAAGAAAGUUCAAGAUUUGGAACUAGAAAAGAAGGGCUUGCAGAAAGAGAUUGAGGAACUUAGGUACAAUCUUGCAAAUAUAUCAUCCAACUCUGACGAUGGUGCACAAAAGUUGAAGGAAGAGUAUCUUCAAAAGCUUGAUGUCCUUGAAACCCAGGUAGCUGUGCUGAAGAAGAAACAAGAUACUCAAUCUCAACUGUUGAGACAGAAACAAAAAAGUGACGAGGCUGCCAAAAGACUACAAGAGGAGAUUCAUAGAAUAAAGACACAAAAGGUACAAUUACACCAAAAUAUAAAGCAAGAAUCUGAACAAUUCAGGUUAUGGAAAGCAUCUCGAGAAAAGGAAGUUCUUCAGCUAAAAAAAGAGGGAAGAAGGAAUGAGUAUGAACUGCAUAAGCUUUUGGCAUUGAAUCAGAGGCAAAAGAUGGUUUUACAACGAAAGACUGAAGAAGCUUCUAUGGCUACUAAACGGCUCAAAGAAUUGCUAGAAUCUCGAAAAGCUUCGCGAGAAACAUUUGGUGGUGGAAAUAAAAAUGGUCCUGGAAUUCAAACACUAAUGCAGGCAAUUGAGGAUGAACUUGAGGUUACUAUCCGAGUUCAUGAAGUUCGAUUAGAAUAUGAGCGACAAAAAGAAGAGAGGACUAGAAUGGCUAAAGAGCUUGCAGAACUGAAGGAUGAAGCACAACUUCAAAAGCAGAAGUACUUGAGUGAAAGCCCCCAAACAAUGUCUCCUUGUGCUAGGAAUUCAAGAAUUGUUGCUCUUGAAAACAUGGUAGCUACUGCAUCGAGUACCCUUAUUUCUAUGUUAUCUCAAUUAUCAGAAGCAGAGGAGCGUGAACGAACAUUUAAUGGCAGAGGAAGGUGGAACCAUGUUCGUUCCCUUGCUGAAGCAAAAAAUAUAAUGAACUUCCUUUUUAACCUGACAUCCUCUUCCAGAUGCCAGCUAAGGGAUAUAGAAGUCAACUGCAGAGAAAAGGAUUGUGAAAUCAGAGAUUUGAAACAAAAAAUAGUCAAUUUGGUUAGACAGCUGGAAGUGCAAAAGGCUGAACUCAGUCGUCACGUGAAGUUAAUGAAGUUGGCUUCAAAAAGACAAUCGAGACAAAUGACUAAAAGUUCUGAAACUCACGUGCUCAACGACAGUGAAGGUCAUGCUUAUGACUUGCGGCCGAAGGUAUUUCCCUUAUAA